UGCAGACAACCACGAAACGACAUACUCAAAAGAUUGUUGCCUUGGCGAUCGAGCCUUCUCUGUUCCGCAGCGCCUAGAUGUCGCGUGCAAAGCUAGCUGAUGAUACAUGGAAACGUGUCGACAAGAUUAACGCUGAGCUCUUCGUAUUGACCUAUGGCAGUAUUGUCGCUCAACUAUGCAAUGACCUAGACACCUAUGCGCAAGUCAAUCAAGAGCUUGACAAGAUGGGCUAUAAUAUCGGUAUUCGGCUGAUUGAAGAUUUCCUAGCGAGAACAUCACAAGGCCGAUGCAAGGACCUGAGAGAUACUGCAGAUGUCCUUGCAAAAGUUGGUUUCAAGAUGUUCCUCAACGUGACGCCUGCAGUGACGAAUUGGAAUGCAGAGGGCACGAGCUUCUCUCUGAUUUUGGAUGAAAACCCACUUGCUGAAUUUGUGGAGCUGCCGGAAGAUGGUAAAGCCUCUCAAGAACUCUGGUUCUCCAACAUCCUAUGUGGCGUCCUGCGUGGUGCGCUUGAGAUGAUACAAAUCCAGGUCGAGACAGCCUUCAUCAGCGAUGUCUUGCGUGGCGAUGCACUCACUGAAUUACGGGUGACAUUCGUCAAGAUGAUUGAAGAAGGGCAGCCAGUCAAUGAUGAAUAGAAAGACUACUGUACAGCACGCUACAUUUCGCCAAUACGCUUGAGUCGGUGUGUAUUGAGGUGGAUAUCGGUUUGCAAACGCGACCCUUUGUCAUCGAGUCGCGAGAGCUGCGUAUUCUGUCGCGUGAGUUCCUCAUUUGUAGCCAUGGCCAGUGACCUGAGACGUCCAGUGACACCUGCCAAAUCAUCCAAAUUGUCAUCAAUUUCCCCCUCAAUCU